AUGGGAUGGGGAAACAUCUACAAAAGGCGCAUGAAAGUUUUUACAUUAGCUGUUGUCAUCUACCUGGACUACAAGGCCCUACAGCAAAGAGAGAAAUGGACAAGCAAGACAAAGAAGGCUGGUUUGUGGGAGAAAGCUCACGAACGCAACGCCAAGCGUGUUCUUAGUUUGGUAGUAGAGCUGGAAGGCUUGUGGGUGAAACUAGGACAGUACCUCUCUACACGUGCUGAUGUGCUGCCCCCAGCUUAUAUAAACCUUCUAAAGAAGCUACAGGACUCUCUUCCCCCUCGACCUUUAGAAGAGGUUCGUCGGACUAUUGAAGAGGAGUUGGGGAAAUCUAUGCAUGAUCUCUUCUUGAAUUUUGAGGAUAUAGCUCUAGCAACAGCAUCGAUAGCACAAGUUCAUCGGGCAACUCUGAGAGACGGGCAGGAAGUUGUUGUCAAAGUUCAACAUGAUGGAAUAAAGGAAGUUAUAAUAGAGGAUCUGAAAAAUGCCAAGUCAAUAGUUGAUUGGAUUGCUUGGGCAGAACCACAGUAUGACUUCAAUCCUGUCAUGGAUGAAUGGUGCAAAGAAGCACCAAAGGAGCUGGAUUUUAACCAUGAGGCUGAAAAUACUCGGAAAGUCUCCAGGAAUCUUGGCUGCAAAAAUGAUUUUCAAGAUACCAACAUGCCUUCCAAUCCUGUGGACGUGUUGAUUCCAGAAAUAAUUUUGUCAACUGAAAAAGUCCUCAUUUUAGAAUAUAUGGAUGGUGUACGUUUGAAUGACUCUGAAUCACUUCAAGAAUUGGGGGUUGAUAAACAAAAUCUUGUGGAGGAAAUUACGCGUGCAUAUGCCCACCAAAUUUACGUUGAUGGAUUUUUCAAUGGAGACCCGCAUCCUGGAAAUUUUCUUGUGAGCAAGAAACCUCCCCAUCGUCCAAUUUUGCUUGAUUUUGGGCUCACAAAGAUGCUGUCAAGUUCAAUGAAACAAGCUCUGGCUAAAAUGUUUCUGGCGUCUGCUGAGGGCGAUUACGUGGCACUUCUUUCUUCCUUUGCUGAAAUGGGACUACGUCUGCGCUUGGACAUGCCGGAGCAAGCGAUGGAGAUGGCUUCUGUAUUCUUUCGUUCGUCAACUCCAGCAAGUGAAGCUCUUGAAAACGUGAAGUCUUUGGUUGAGCAAAGGAAUAAAAACCUGAAGAUCUUGCAAGAGAAGAUGAAGCUUAAUAAAAAAGAAGCGAAACGUUUUAAUCCUGUUGAUGCUUUUCCGGGUGAUACCAUUAUAUUUUCUAGAGUGGUUAAUCUCCUUCGAGGGCUUUCAUCGACGAUGAAUGUUCGUGUAGCUUAUGUAGAUAUCAUGAGGCCAUUUGCCGAAUCUGUUUUGCAAUGCAACAUUAACAAGGGGCCAUCUUAUAAUGCUCACUGGGUUCAUGAUACCCCUGUGCUUUCUAAUGUUGAAGCCAAGCUGAGGCAGCUCCUAAUUGAUCUUGGAAAUGAUGAUAAAAUACUUGGAAUCCAGGUAUGUGCCUAUAAAGAUGGAGAAGUAAUAAUUGAUACUGCUGCUGGGACGCUUGGAAGAUAUGACCCUCGACCAGUUCAGCCUGAUAGUUUAUUCCCUGUUUUUUCUGUAUCGAAGGGAAUCACAGCAGGAAUGGUACAUUGGCUGGUUGAUAAAGGGAAGCUGAAGCUUGAGGAUAAAGUUGCUAAUAUUUGGCAAGAAUUUGGUACCAAUGGAAAAGAUCAAAUAAAAGUUCACCAUGUGCUUAAUCACACAGCUGGUCUGCACAAUGCCUUGGCCAGUCUUACACGAGAAAAUCCUUUACUGAUGACUGAUUGGGAUGAAUGCUUAAAUUGUAUUGCUAAAGUGGAGCCAGAGACUGAACCUGGCCAAAAGCAACUGUACCAUUAUUUGUCUUUCGGCUGGUUAUGUGGUGGAAUUAUUGAGCGCACAUCAGGGAAGAAGUUUCAGGAGAUUCUUGAAGAAGCAUUUAUUCACCCUCUUGAUUUAGCAGGCGAGCUAUACAUUGGAAUUCCUCCAGGUGUGGAAUCUCGACUUGCUAGCCUCACAGUCGAUAUGGAAGAUAUGAAGAAAAUCUCUGGAAUCGCCGCACGUUCAGACCUACCUUCUUCCUUCCAAGCACAAGAAAUUUCUCAGAUGGUGACUACUCUUCCUGCCAUAUUUAACUCACUUCAAGCUCGACGUGCCAUCGUUCCUGCUGCUAAUGGACAUUGUUCAGCUCGAGCCCUUGCACGCUACUAUGCAGCACUUGUCGACGGAGGUUCGAUUCCCCCUCCACAUUCUUCUUCUUCUUCUUCCAAGCCCCCAUUGGGAAGCCAUCAACACAUCCCCAAAUUUCCGUCCCAUAAAUCCCCCAAGAAGCAAAAACGGUCAAUGUGCGUACGAAAGACGGAUAUUUCUACUGGUGUCGACUACAUUAGAGUUCCCAGUGACAACACCUCGACUAGAGGAGGUUAUGGAAAUGGCUCGAAUUCUGGUAAACUAUUUAGCAAUCCUAGAAUUCAUGAUGAAUUCAUGGGUGUUGGAGAAUACGAUAACCUGACACUUCCAAGUGGAGAAUUCGGGCUCGGGUUUAAGAAAUCUUACUCAAAUGACGGUGACUUAAUCGGAUUCGGGCAUUCAGGCAUGGGUGGAUCCACAGGGUAUUGUAACAUAGAGCACAGAUUUGCCAUUGCUGUGACUUUGAAUAAAAUGAAUUUUGGCGGUGUGACUGCAAAGAUACUUCAUUUAGUAUGCUCAGAACUUGGUAUUCCGUUGCCUGCAGAUCUUAACAGACAUGCAGAGAGUCUGACCAACGAUGGAUCGAAUGUGGUUCGACCUAUGAUUAAUUGA